AUGGCGGCAGACGCUCCCAUCAGCAAACUGGGAGACGAUCUCCUCGAAGAAAUUCUCGUCCGCAGCUUCCCGCAUCCCAGAUCCGCCUGCCGUAGCAAAUCAGUCUGCAAGCGAUGGAACUCCCUAAUCUCUCGCUCCCGUUUCAACAGCCGUUUCGUUUCUCAUCAUCGAAGCAGGAACGAAGGCCAACCACCCCUGCUCCUUCUCUCGAAGGACGACGCCCUGCCACUGCCGCCAUCGCUCCUGAGCUUCCUCCCCGUACCCGACGAAUUCCGAUCCAACUUCGUGAUUUGGGAUUCCUUCAAGGACUUGCUUCUGUGCGGGUUUCGGUAUUCGGCUUGGGACGACAAUCACGAAAGGGCGAGAUCGCUCUUGAUCUGCAAUCCCUUUACAGAGCAAUGGGUCGCCCUUCCCUUGGCGCCUGAAACGUCGUCGUGCAGGACGUACGGAACGAAGGAAGUGAAAUUGAUCGGUCGAGAAGUUGGUAAUCCUAAUGAUUUGGAUCUGGGUGAUGGCCAAGUAUUUAUGUAUCCCGACUAUCGAUUUCGCGUUCUGGUUCGAUAUGAAGAGGAUUCGUUGAACCGGUUGACGCGGAUGAGAAUCGGUUCAGAACUACAUGUGUUCUGCUUCGAGUCCCGGAAAUGGUCGACCAUAAUGGAUAGUCAUCUUGCACCUAAUGCAACGUCUUCGAAUGGGAAGUUGUAUUCGAUGGAGCACCAAUACGAUGUUGAAAUCUUGAGGUUUGAUCCUUUCCGCCCACACAUACUUCCGACCACUAUAGUCAAUACGACUUUCUUUGACAUGUGGGGUGCAAUUACCCAUUUCUCGGCCUCACAUGGUGCUACUUAUAUGGUUCAACAUGAUCGACCACGACAUCAUGUGCCCGACGCAGAUGUUUUCGUAGUUCGGAGGUUGGAAGAAGGCUGCUUGACAUGGAUUCUAUGCCACGAAGUGUCUCUGAAGGAGCUAAAACUUAACAGCGGGCCCGAAGUUGAGAAGAUGGAAGUCGUUUCUGUGCUCGCUCAGCAUUCGGAGCGACCGGAAAUUUUGUUCCUGGAAUGUUAUUGCGAUUCGGUUUUCGAAGAGACGGAAAUUCCGUUCACAGUGGUCAAGGAGACUGUUGUUUUUUCGUGCAAUCUGGCGACGGGAAAACUGGAGCUUGUUGCCGAUCAGAGACGGUGUACUUUUCUCGGUCGAUGGAUGGUCUUGCAGCCUGGGACCACUUGUUUUUCUACACCAAUUCCUAGUUAUGAGAAAUUGCUCGGCAUGUAUAAUGGAAGCUGCAAUGAUUUGAUUCAGAGCAGAAAAUCAACUUAG